CUUCCCCUCUUAGUGUCUACAAUACCUAAUAACAUCAUGGCCUCCGAAAGUGAAGAUGACUUUAUGCUUGAAGACAGCAGAGAUUACAGCGACAUGGACGAGUCUGGUUUUGCCAGUUCUAUGAGUGACAAUGAAGAUUAUGCAGACGAAGAAGACGACGUGGCCUUUGACGGCGUCUUUGCUGAUAAGCAGCGCAAAAAGGCUUAUGAAGUCGAAUAUAGUGUACAAAAUAGUAUCAGUCUUCAAAAAAUGCAAGAUCAAGAAGUGUCACAGGUGGCGACCAUUCUGGGUCUUCCAACCAAAGAUUCUACGAUGUUGCUGCGCUAUUUUAGAUGGAAUAAGGAAAGAUUAUUUGAACGUUACAUGGACAACCCUGAAAAGGUUCUACAGCUCGCAGGCGUAGCAGAAAAUGCGAAGCAAGGAAGUAGUGCGCUGAUACUUGCCAAGAAUAUACCUGGAAAAGGAAAAUUCAUGUGUGAGAUUUGCUGUGACGACGAUCCAGAGAUGGAGACCGUAGCAAUUGCAUGCGGACAUCGAUUCUGUAGAACCUGUUAUGCUCAUUACCUUACACAAAAAAUUCGGGAAGAAGGCGAGAGCAGGAGAGUGGAGUGUCCUCAAGACAAAUGUAAUGUGAUUGUGGAUGAAGUCACUGUAGAAAUAUUGGUGGACGACAAAACAUUUUCAAAAUACCGCGAGCUAUUAAACAGAACUUUUGUUGAUGACAGCGAUCACUUGAGAUGGUGUCCUGCCCCCGACUGUGAAUAUGCUAUUGAAUGCAACAUACCUAGCACUUCUUUAACAUCUGUGGUUCCUACUGUACAAUGUACAUGUGGAUUGGUGUUUUGUUUUGGGUGUGGCUUGGCUGACCAUCAGAAGUGGAUGAAGAAGUGUGAGGAUGAUUCUGAGACAGCAAACUGGAUCUCAGCACAUACUAAAGAAUGUCCAAGAUGCCACUCGACAAUCGAAAAAAAUGGUGGAUGCAACCAUAUGACGUGUAGAAAGUGCCGCCAUGAGUUUUGCUGGGUGUGCAUGGGUCCAUGGUCCGAACACGGUACUUCAUGGUAUACAUGUAAUCGUUUCGAUGAAAGAAGUAGCUCAGAAGCAAGAGACAGUCAAACCCAGUCAAGAGCAAGCCUGGAGAGAUAUCUCCAUUACUACAACCGAUUCGCAAAUCACGAACAAUCAGCUAAAUUGGACCAAGAUUUAUAUCAGAAGACAGAAUCAAAGAUGGAGGAGAUGCAACAAACAAGCGACCUUUCAUGGAUUGAGGUUCAAUUCUUGAAAAAGGCUGUUGAUGUUACUGUCCAGUCCAGAACAACCUUAAAAUGGACUUAUGCGUUCGCUUUCUAUAUGACAAAGACAAAUGAGACGGAACUGUUUGAGGAUCAUCAAAGAGACCUUGAAAUGGCCACGGAACAGCUUUCGGAACUACUUGAGAAACCACUGGAGCGUGAAAGGAUUGCUGAGCUGCGACAGGCUGUCUUAGAUAAGAGCGUUUAUGUAAAGCUACGACGAGAAAUCCUUUUGGAAGACACAGCAAAGGGUCUCUUGGAAGGACGAUGGAACUUUUUUGUGGAUCUUAAAUAGAUCACCAAAAUACACAUAUAUAUUAUUUUUUUUUCUUCUUUCAUUUCAUUUUUCCUUUCCCGACAGAGAUGAUUUUCUGGAGACUUGUCUUCGAAGGUCGUGACUCUGUUUUUAGCUUCUUUAUUUUUUGACUUCUUCCUCCUUUACCCCCUGAAAUCAUAUGAAGCAUUUUUCAAAAGU